CCGGAAGUGUAUGAUUGUUGACUAAGAAAACCCCCUUCCGCGAUAUGCUACAGCCAGAGUAGAAGUGACUAAUUGAAGGACAACAUGGCAGACUUAAUGCUCAACAUUUGCCUAUCUAAAGACUCCUCCUCCCCGGGGGCGAAGACGCCAAACAGGACGCAAGAGCGCAACAUGGCCUGUCAAUUCAAAAAACGCAAAAGAAAGAAGAUCCCGGAGACGUCAGAGCGAAGCGUCUCGUUCACGCAGCGUUCAUUUUCUCAUGCUUCCACGCCGAACAGGGUCUUACCUCAUGUGACGAGCUUCAACAAGCCUUCUACUUCCUUACACUGGCAGCCUUCUAUCUCGACCAACGCCAAAGCGUCCGAACCAAACUCUCGACCAAUCCCGGUCCCCCGGUGUCUUCCGUCAGGUUUGCCAAGCAAGUACCUCGCAAUGGAUUGCGAGAUGGUGGGCACUGGCCCCAAGGGAAGCAUCAGUCAUCUUGGACGCUGCAGCAUAGUGUCGUAUGAGGGCGAUGUGGUGUUUGACAAGUUCAUCAAGCCGUCGGUACCUGUCACUGACUACCGCACGCGCUGGAGCGGCCUCCGUGCACGUGACCUCAAGAACGCCACGCCUUACGUCCAGGCCAGGAAGGAGAUCCUGAAACUCCUGGCCGGCAAGGUAGUAAUCGGCCACGCCGUUCACAACGACUUCCAGGUCCUUCAGUACUCGCACCCGGCCGCCCUUACCCGGGACACGUCGCGCAUCCCGCUGCUCAACCGGCGGGCCGGCUUUGAAGAGAAAAGUAUCGCCUCGCUCAAAAGGCUCACCAAGGCCAUCUUCAAUCGUGACAUCCAGACCGGACGCCGUGGCCACUCGUCGUUGGAAGACGCUCGGGCAACUAUGGAUCUCUACAAGUUGGUGGAAAACGAGUGGGAAAAGACACUGGCGUCAAGGAAGAUGGGCGGUAGUGGCAGCUGAUUGGCUCAUUCCAAAGACUCCUCCCACUCACUUCCUGUUUUAACCGUGACCGGCAGUUUGACUGAAGGUGAUCAAUAAGCCUAUCGUUGAGUUAAGCCACUAUGAAGUUUUAGAAGUUUAGUUUUUUAUCAACAAUUGACUGCCUUUGACGUCGCUAGACUAAAACAAUAUGUAAUGUCAGCCAUCCCAGGUCAAUUGGAUUUGACGUCUAUCACUGUCAAUGGCAAGCAAUUAGUAAUUAAGACAAAUAGAUCUUAAUUGUCAAAUGUUGUUUUUAAAUGGAUAAUUAUGACAUUUUAUAUCUAAAUUGAAAAAAAAAAGUUUUCUUUGGAUCAAUGUAUAGUCUAGGGCUGCAGCUAUCGAUUAUUUUAUUAGCCGAUUAAUCGAUGAACUAGUUAGUUCGAAUAAACGAGUAAUCGGAAAAGGAACAUGAAAAAUUAAAAUACCUGAGCUGAGCCUCAAACGGUAUUAAAACUAAAUAAAAGAGGAUCUAUGUACAACAAAAGAACAAUUGGCUAACUUACAUGGCAAAAUUACGCUAGCUUAAAUGCUGUAAAAUGCUACCAUUUUUUUCCCCAGUGCUCUUAACAAAUGGUUCACUCAUAUACCCCACAAAAAACGGCUAAAUAUACAUAUAAACUAAAUUACGAAUGCAUUAAAAAGAUUAGCCCAAAGAAAAUCAGCUUACGUUGGUCUUAACAGGGAGCAGUUGGAUUCAGCCAUGUGAAAUGAGGCUGACCAGAGGGCAAUGUAUCCACCCUAAUCAAUAAACUAAAUGUAAACACUUUCAAAAUAAAACAUUACAACACCACUUUAAUUAAACGAACACUCGAGGCAACAAAAUUGAAUUCGAAUAUUUUUUUUCUAAUCGAAUACUCGAGUUAAUCGAUUAAUCGUUGCAGCUCUAGUAUAGUCAUUAUUUAUGUUUGUAUUUUCAUCCCAAUGUCACUUGGACACAUUGGUAAAAUUUUAGCAUGUUUUCACAUUAAAAGAAAAUUCAACUUAGUUGGAUAAAAAAAAAAAAAAAAAAACUAUUUAAAUUAAAAUAUAAUUUAAUUACCGUCCCAGUAAAAAACAAUAAAAUGUGAAUGUCCAUAGGAACAGUUCACUUGAAAAGUAAAGUGUGAAAAAAAAACAAAGAAAAGCAGAUUAAGUGCUUGCCUGCUGUAUUUACUGGAAUACUUGAUUUCAGUGAGUACCGUGCGCAUACAAUGGUACAGUUUCCUGCUGGGUCACCUUAUUGAAAGCGAGAAUAAUUCCCGCGUGCGGUGCAUAGCCCAGCAUUAGUGGCUAAUUCACUUUUUAUUAGCUUCACACAGGAAUUUGUUCAGGUUGCACAUUCACAGCAAGUCUUUGGACAAAAUAAGUUGUUGUUAAUGCUGAUUUUAUUGUCGUUUACGGACUCACUCGACCUUUUUACAUUGUUGGCCUUUGGAUGAUUGUGUAAGAAAAUUCCGGCUGAUUAAAAGUCACUUUUCACUUUUUGAAUGAAUAUCUUUUCACUUUGUGUGGGUGUCCCAAUAGUUUUGUUGUUGUUUGCUCACUUUUCAUUCUGUAGUGUUGUCCAAACUAAACGAAAUUCCUGGAAGUGUUCCAAUACAUUUGAUACUUUGAAAUGAAGCAAACAGAUUUGUGCCAUGCCCCCUGAAGCCCCACCCCUUCUCUACUUUAUCUCCUCUCGCCUGGG